ACCGCACACACUCACACUCACACACACACACACUAAACUGCAGACAGCUCUGCCGGCUGAGCCAGCGUCUGCCUACCGCUGUUCUUCCAGCACCCUUACUGCAUCCAGAAACAGCUGACAGCAUCCUCAGCCUUUAGAUCUCUUUUUUUCCUUUUGUCACUAAACUCUAGUGUAUGUAAGACUAGAAGCAGCGCAGAAAGCCGGCUGCUUCUCACGUCUGCUGCUUCCCUUCCCUCGACCUCCCUCCACCCUCUCACUCUCUCUCUCUUCCUAGCUCACACACAUCCUAUCACAUCCACACCCACACCCAAGGAUACCUCCUUGCUUCCCUCUGCUGUUUCUCUCACGCCGGUCCUCUUUCUCUUUAACCCUCUACACCUGUAAAUACGUAUUUCUUGUUAUUUCCUCAGAGGAAGAGAUGCUUGCCUGACCUCUUUUCUUUCUAUUCAAACACUUCUGUGGAUUCUUUUUUUUUUUAAUCGAUCCCUGCUCUGCCACUUUGUUGCUACCUGUGGAGGUUCUCUGGUUCUACUUCAGCCUGCCGUCUCACAGAGUAAAGCCCCGCAGAGAGGCACCAUGCUGGGAUUGGAUGUGUGUGAGUUUGGCGGUCAGGUGCUGGAGCUGCUCUGGCUAACUAUGUGCUACAGAGGUCUGAUUGCUGAAAAGAAUGACUUGCCCAUCGAGGAGGAAGAUGAUGAGCGAAAUCUCAACUACAACCCUCCAGCUCAAAAGUCCCUGCAGGAGAUUCAGGAGCUGGACAAGGAUGAUGAAAGUCUGGUGAAGUACAAGCAGACCCUGCUGGGGCCAGAAGCAAUGAUGGCAGACGCCUCUGGUCCUAAUGUCAAGGUGACCAGAUUGACCCUGCUGUGCGAUGACGCACCUGAACCAAUUACUAUGGACCUGACAGGAGACCUGAUCGCUCUGAAGGAGAAGAGCUUCUCCUUACAGGAGGGAGUGAAAUACAGACUAAAGAUACACUUCAAGGUGAACAGAGAAAUCGUUUCUGGCCUGAAGUACCGUCAAGUGACCUACAGAAAAGGAGUGAGAAUGAACAAGGCGGUGUACAUGGUAGGAAGUUACGGCCCACGCGCAGGGGAGCAGGAGUUUCUUUGCCCGAUCGAUGAGGCAACUAAAGGCGUGAUGUCCCGUGGCCAGUAUCAGAUCAAGUCCUGCUUCACUGAUGAUGACAAGAACGUCUACUUAUCCUGGGAGUGGAACCUCAAUAUCAGCAAGGACUGGAAUUAAUCGUUUGGGAGUGUGUGUGUGUGUGUGUGUGUGUGUGUGUGUGUGUGUGUGU